AUGAAGAUCGAACAGCCUAGAGGAUGGGAGCGCACGGCAGCAGCGAAACACGAGCUUCACAGUUGCAAGGUUGAAGGACAGUGGAGGUUAGAAGAGAGAAAGAAGGAGAUGAGUGGAAGGAUUAAACUUAAUGCAGAUGGAUGCACCAAGGGAGCAUUAGGAUUUGGUGGAAGGAUUAAACUUAAUGCAGAUGGAUGCACCAAGGGAGCAUUAGGAUUUGGUGGAAGGAUUAAACUUAAUGCAGAUGGAUGCACCAAGGGAGCAUUAGGAUUUGGUGGAAGGAUUAAACUUAAUGCAGAUGGAUGCACCAAGGGAGCAUUAGGAUUUGGUGGAAGGAUUAAACUUAAUGCAGAUGGAUGCACCAAGGGAGCAUUAGGAUUUGGUGGAAGGAUUAAACUUAAUGCAGAUGGAUGCACCAAGGGAGCAUUAGGAUUUGGUGGAAGGAUUAAACUUAAUGCAGAUGGAUGCACCAAGGGAGCAUUAGGAUUUGGUGGAAGGAUUAAACUUAAUGCAGAUGGAUGCACCAAGGGAGCAUUAGGAUUUGGUGGAAGGAUUAAACUUAAUGCAGAUGGAUGCACCAAGGGAGCAUUAGGAUUUGGUGGAAGGAUUAAACUUAAUGCAGAUGGAUGCACCAAGGGAGCAUUAGGAUUUGGUGGAAGGAUUAAACUUAAUGCAGAUGGAUGCACCAAGGGAGCAUUAGGAUUUGGUGGAAGGAUUAAACUUAAUGCAGAUGGAUGCACCAAGGGAGCAUUAGGAUUUGGUGGAAGGAUUAAACUUAAUGCAGAUGGAUGCACCAAGGGAGCAUUAGGAUUUGGUGGAAGGAUUAAACUUAAUGCAGAUGGAUGCACCAAGGGAGCAUUAGGAUUUGGUGGAAGGAUUAAACUUAAUGCAGAUGGAUGCACCAAGGGAGCAUUAGGAUUUGGUGGAAGGAUUAAACUUAAUGCAGAUGGAUGCACCAAGGGAGCAUUAGGAUUUGGUGGAAGGAUUAAACUUAAUGCAGAUGGAUGCACCAAGGGAGCAUUAGGAUUUGGUGGAAGGAUUAAACUUAAUGCAGAUGGAUGCACCAAGGGAGCAUUAGGAUUUGGUGGAAGGAUUAAACUUAAUGCAGAUGGAUGCACCAAGGGAGCAUUAGGAUUUGGUGGAAGGAUUAAACUUAAUGCAGAUGGAUGCACCAAGGGAGCAUUAGGAUUUGGUGGAAGGAUUAAACUUAAUGCAGAUGGAUGCACCAAGGGAGCAUUAGGAUUUGGUGGAAGGAUUAAACUUAAUGCAGAUGGAUGCACCAAGGGAGCAUUAGGAUUUGGUGGAAGGAUUAAACUUAAUGCAGAUGGAUGCACCAAGGGAGCAUUAGGAUUUGGUGGAAGGAUUAAACUUAAUGCAGAUGGAUGCACCAAGGGAGCAUUAGGAUUUGGUGGAAGGAUUAAACUUAAUGCAGAUGGAUGCACCAAGGGAGCAUUAGGAUUUGGUGGAAGGAUUAAACUUAAUGCAGAUGGAUGCACCAAGGGAGCAUUAGGAUUUGGUGGAAGGAUUAAACUUAAUGCAGAUGGAUGCACCAAGGGAGCAUUAGGAUUUGGUGGAAGGAUUAAACUUAAUGCAGAUGGAUGCACCAAGGGAGCAUUAGGAUUUGGUGGAAGGAUUAAACUUAAUGCAGAUGGAUGCACCAAGGGAGCAUUAGGAUUUGGUGGAAGGAUUAAACUUAAUGCAGAUGGAUGCACCAAGGGAGCAUUAGGAUUUGGUGGAAGGAUUAAACUUAAUGCAGAUGGAUGCACCAAGGGAGCAUUAGGAUUUGGUGGAAGGAUUAAACUUAAUGCAGAUGGAUGCACCAAGGGAGCAUUAGGAUUUGGUGGAAGGAUUAAACUUAAUGCAGAUGGAUGCACCAAGGGAGCAUUAGGAUUUGGUGGAAGGAUUAAACUUAAUGCAGAUGGAUGCACCAAGGGAGCAUUAGGAUUUGGUGGUAUCUAA